AUGUUACUUGAAGUAGAGUACCGACGCGCUGUAGAGCAUAUAUACCAACAAUCGAGGAUAGUUUUGCGGUACACGCUUAUUAGUUCCGUUCACCUUUCAACCCCAAACAUUUCAAAUAUGAGUUUUCUCUGCAGCGCCUGCUCGGUACACUUCGAUGAUAAUUUCCAGAGACGCGAACAUAUGCGUGAGGAAUGGCACGUUUACAAUGUAAAGCGUAAAAUGGCAACUCUCCCGCCAAUUUCAAACGAAACAUACCAGAAUGUAUUCGCACCUCAAACCGAAGUAGAGGGCAUUGAAAGUGAUCCGGAGUCGUCGCCACCACCACUACCACCAGCAGAAAUCAACAACAACAGCAACAGCGACAUCGAUCCAAGUUCAUCUGACCUCCAACAAGAUAACAGGCUUCCCACUCCACACCAAUGCAUUUUCUGCCUAGAAUUUGCAGACAGCAUUUCGCAGAACAUCAAACACAUGGCCGCAUCACACAGUUUCGUGCUCCCAGAUUUCCAAAAGCUACAGACUGAUGUAGAGACUCUGCUCUCCUAUCUCAGCCUCGUGGUGGUGGGGUACUGUGAGUGUUUAUAUUGCGGCGCCAGAAAACGUUCCGCAUAUGCUGUGAGGGCACAUAUGCGAACCAAAGGACAUUGCAUGCUGGAUCUCUCCCCCGGGUCGGAGUUUCUUGAAUUCUGGGAGUCUGGGGAAGGUUCGAUGAAGGAUAGUUAUCAGCUGCUGUCGAAGACGGAAAUGCGACUCGCUUCAGGAGCUGUUGCGACUAGUCGGGAAGAGGCUCAAUAUACUGGUCAACGGCGGACGAUAAGGUCGUCGAAAGAUGCURAGACGCCUAAAGCAAUUCCCACAGCGCCUGGGAGAUCAGAAGAACCUCACGAUAAUACUGUGGCAUCGGCGUCUGAUCGCGACGGCCAGUUUCAGACUCAAAGACCGUCGAGAGCCUUGGCAAUGCGGGAUCAGAUGGGCUUGACUGGAUUAUCCGACGCGCAGAGGCAUUCGCUUGCAGUAAGUCAGAGAAAGAUUGACUUGAGUGCUCUGAGAUCGCGGAAUAGAGCACAAUGGACGCUAGAAAAGCUGGGCAAUAAAGUCAAGCAGAAGCACUUCGUCCCCGAUGUGCCUGGGAGGAAGAAUGGAUAG